AUGAAAUCAACAAGGCGUGUUCGAGUGCAUGAAGAUGCUAUACGUCAUAGUGAGUGUAAGCGUGGCGGCGACCGGCUGGCGACGCCGCGGAUGUCGCUGCUGGGCAAACCGCUCAGCUACCGCGCCACGCGACGCGACGCGCGCUACAGACGCCUACAAUCGAAGUUCUACAACUUCCUCGAAAGACCGAGGGGAGUGAAGGCCGUCCUCUAUCAUAUGAUCGUGUUUCUCAUGGUGUUCAUGUGUUUGUCACUGUCGGUGUUCUCAACGAUCGAAGAAUACGAGGCAAAAGCGGGCAUCGUGCUGUUCUACAUGGAAACUGUAGUUGUCGUCUGGUUCGCUAUUGAGUUCGUUCUAAGGCUUUGGUCAUCAGGAUGCAGGUCUCGUUAUCAAGGAUCCAUAGGGCGUCUAAAGUUCUUGAAGCGGCCAUUUUGUAUAAUAGAUGUGACAACAAUAAUGGCGUCUUUAGUGGUGUUGGGUAUGGGCUCGUCCGGGCAAGUCUUCGCAGCCUCGGCGCUUCGUGGCUUAAGGUUUUUCCAAAUACUGCGUAUGGUGCGAAUGGACCGUCGGGGCGGCACAUGGAAACUACUCGGCUCCGUCGUGUAUGCACAUCGGCAGGAAUUAAUAACUACAUUGUACAUUGGAUUCCUAGGGCUUAUAUUUGCGUCAUUUUUAGUUUAUUUAGCAGAAAAAGACGUCGCUGACACAAAAUUUAAAAACUUUGCAGAAGCACUCUGGUGGGGCGUUAUCACGCUGUGCACGGUGGGAUACGGCGACAUGGUUCCACAAACCUGGCAAGGGAAAUUCAUCGCAUCCUUCUGCGCGCUAUUGGGGAUAUCGUUUUUCGCUCUACCCGCAGGUAUUCUGGGAUCUGGCUUCGCUCUCAAAGUUCAGCAGCAGCAACGGCAGAAGCACAUGAUAAGAAGACGACAACCCGCCGCAACCCUGAUCCAAGCGCUAUGGCGAUGCUACGCUGCAGAUGAACAUUCUAUGAGUGUGGCAACCUGGAAAAUACAUCAGAUCCCGCUACCUAGCCCCCAAACAAGUCGGGUUAUGAGCGCAUCAUUCAAGAACAAUGCUUCCUUUGUGUCGCGGCUGCCGACAAUCCGUCGGCACAAGAGUACGUCCCUACACUCCCCAGCGCCGCACUCCAAGCCCGCACACCGAUACGAUGUCAACGCGAGCGCUGAAAAUCUCGGCGCGAGCCGCACGAGGAACGGCCGGUCAGUGCGCACUCGGCCCGUCAACCCUUCGCACAGCGAGGACUCGGUGGCGGAAACGGCGCUCUCCAAAAGAAACUCCGACGAUGAAGAUGACGAGCCCCGUUGUGUGACAUUAACUCCUCGACACAAAGCAGCUAUCCGGUUUAUAAGGAAGAUGAAGUAUUUUGUGGCUCGACGUAAGUUUAAAGAAGCGCUUAAGCCAUACGACGUAAAGGAUGUUAUAGAGCAGUAUUCUGCGGGCCACGUGGACCUGUUGGGGCGAGUGAAAAACCUCAAGUACUUUGUCGCGCGCAAGAGAUUUAGAGAAGCAUUGAAACCUUACGACGUGAAAGAUGUGAUAGAACAGUACUCCUCCGGGCACGCUGAUCUUCUGAAUCGAACCAAGAACCUGCAGUACAGGUUAGAUCAAAUUCUUGGCAAGCAAGGCUCAAAAGCCAAAGACGUCUAUGCAUCAAAAAUCAGCCUAGCUUCCAGAGUAGUUAAAAUUGAAAGACAGGUAGAUGACAUAGAGAGUAAGUUAGAUCAUUUAUUAGAGAUGUACGAAGAAGAUAGGCGCUUGAGAAGAGUUGGCAACGGGACCAAUAGUGGCGGAGAGAGCGGUGCGCCAGGAGAAUCAUCGCAGCGUGCAAGGCCAGCGAUCGUUAACAAGCAGUGUUCGGAGCCCAACUCUCCAGUUUCUCGCACUUCCGAACAGCCAAGCGGCUCUGCGGCGCCAGCUGCGCUCCAAAAGCGCCCUAUGAACCGCGGUUACUCCGAUUUAGGCACGAGGUUCAUGCGCAAAAAAGUAAUCGUUAAGACAUCGUCAAAUCGUAAUGGUGAGUCACCGCGCGACGAUGAAGUGGUAAUAGUUGUACCAACCGACCGUGAAGGCACGCCACCGCGCCUAGCAACUGACAGCUCAGAGGUUUGCGCAAGCUGCUCAGUAGAAGUAGAAACGGAAGCGGAAGCAGGUGGCACACGAUCAGGUAGCUCUGGGUCGCCGUCUUGGUGCGAAGGGGAUGGAGAAGCAGCCGACGAGCGCGGAUAUGGGUCAGGGGACUCGCUUGCGGAAGAUGCAGCUUUACUGGGUGUUGCUCAGCCGGGACAUCCACCGAGGCUCCUCCGAUCACAAAGAAGAGAUGUGGCCGUAGAUCUACACUUACUAAGACCCGAUGUA